CACUAUUCAUUCGAACCAGUUUGUCCGGACCAGGACCCGAUGCUGUCAAAAAGUAAGCAGCCACAGUAUGAAAGGGAAGCGUUUUUCCCUUUCCUUGGGGCGGGUCGGAGACCAGGCGCCAGGCGGAGCAGAGCGCGCGGGGCGCGGCGGGGCCGGAACACGCGCGCACUAUGCCCAGCCCAACUGCUACCUGACCGGCACCGGCACCGGCACCGGCACGGGCUGUGCGACGCUGCCGCCUUUGCACGUGACGUGCGCUCUCUGCUCUGCUCCCUUGGCCGCCGGUGUGUACUGUACGAGUCCUACGUCCAAACAGAUGAGAAGGAAGCGAAGCACUGCACUGCACACGCCGCCUUGGGCCUUGGCUCGGCUGGCUGCUCGCGGCUGCGCUGCAUAUUAUAAAGCCCGCGCCAGCUCUUGCCGACCCGAGCGCAGAGCUUGCUGCUUGCCUUGCCUUGCCUUUGCCUGCCAAUCCAAUCCAGUCCUGCACCUGCUCGGGCGGCUAGUAGCUGGCCAAAGCUCCGGUGCCAGCUUCGACUCGAGUGCGGUUGCAGGCUGCCUGUCUAGUCAACUCGCUCGCCGGCUCGUCGCUCCUCCAGGGAGGGAGGGAGUGUGUGUGUGUCUAGCAGACAGAGAUAGAAUACGAGAGAUAGAGAGAGAGGCCAUGGACGAUGCAGAGAGAUCCCAGGCGCCGCCCGAGAGCUGCGUGGACUGGCGCGGGCGCCCCUGCCGGCCGCGCCACGGCGGCAUGCGCGCCGCCGCCUUCGUCCUAGUGUUCCAGGCGUCGCAGACGAUGGCGCUGGCGGCGGUGGGGAGCAACCUCAUCACCUUCGUGUUCGGGGAGCUGCACUUCCCGCUGCCGCAGGCGGCCAACGUGGUGACCAACUUCGUCGGCACCGUCUUCAUCCUCUCGCCCCUCGGCGGCUUCCUCUCCGACUCCUACGCCGGCUGCCUGCGCACGCUGCUGGCCUUCGCCGCCGUCGAGCUCGCGGGCCUGGUACUACUGGCGGUGCAAGCGCAUCUCCCGCAGCUGAGGUCGGCGCCGUGCAACAUGCUGACCAUGGAGGGCAGCUGCGAGCGGGCCGGCGGCACCAGGGCCGCCGUCUUCUUCGUGGCGCUGUACCUGGUGGCGCUCGGCGCCGGCUGCGUCAUGCCCAACAUGACCGCGUACGGCGGCGACCAGUUCGCGGCGGGGGAGAAGGGCGCCAAGCGCCUCUCCACCUACUUCAACCUCUCCUACCUGGGCUACUGCGUCGCCGAGGUCGCCGCGCUGACGGCCGUGGUCUGGGCGCAGACGCGCUUCGGGAUGGCCGUCGGCUUCGGCCUCGCCGCCGCCGCCCUGGGCGCCGGGCUCCUCGCCCUCGCGUCAGGCGCGGCGGUGUACCGCAACAAGCCCCCCCGGGGCAGCGUCAUCUUCACUCCCAUUGCAAGGGUUUUCGUUGCUGCGUUCAGCAAGAGGAAGCAGAUCUGCCCUUCCGGCUCCUCCAACCCUGCCCACACCGCGGCCGGAGAUGCGGCGGCUGUCGUCGACGGCGGCGACUUCCGCCACGCCAACAAGUUCAGGUUCUUGGACAAGGCGUGCAUCAGGGACGCGGCGGACACGGUGCCGGAGAGCGAGUGGCGGCUGUGCACGGCGGGCGAGGUGCGGCAGACCAAGACCCUGCUGGCCGUGCUGCCCAUCGUGGCGUGCACCGUCGUCACCAACACCGUGCUGGCGCAGCUGCAGACGUUCUCGGUGCAGCAGGGCAGCGCCAUGGACACGAGGCUGGCGCCGUCAUCCUUCCGAAUCCCGCCGGCGUCGCUGCAGGCCAUCCCGUACGCCAUGCUGCUGGCGCUGGUCCCGGCCUACGAGCUCCUGCUGGUGCCGCUCGCGCGGCGGCUCACGGGCGCGCGGGCCGGGAUCGCCCCGCUCCAGCGCAUCGGCGUCGGCCUCUGCCUCGUCGCGCUGUCCAUGGCCUCCGCCGCGGCCGUCGAGCGCAGGCGCCGGGACGCCGCCGUGCCGGCGUCCGGCGGGCGGCGGCAGCAGCAGCUGUCCGUGCUCUGGCUCGUGCCGCAGUUCUUCGUCUUCGGCCUGUCGGAGCUGUUCACCAACGUGGGCCUCAUGGAGUUCUUCUACGAGCAGGCGUCGUCGACCGCCGGGACGGCGGCGCACAUGCAGGCCUUCUUCAUGGCCUUCUUCUACUGCUCCUUCUCGUUCGGGUUCUACCUCAGCUCGGUGCUCGUGUCGCUGGUGAACAGGGCCACGGCGGGCGGCGGCCGCCCUGGCUGGCUCGGCGACAACGACCUCAACAAGGACAGGCUCGACCUGUUCUACUGGGUGCUCGCCGCGCUCAGCGUCCUCAACUUCUUCUGCUACCUGCUGUGCGCGAGGUGGUAUAAUUCUGGUGCCGCCGGCUCUGGGCCUGAUGGGGCUGCCCCCGGUGGCGAGGUCGCCUCUGAGGAGGAGGACGAUGGCAAGGGGCUCAUCUGAACAUCACUGGAACGACCAUGGCACUAAAAAGCUGAUGUAUAUGGCAACCAUUCGUACGCACGGCACAUCCCUCUCUUCUUACAAAGCAUAUAUUAUAUUUAUAUAACAAGGCCUCCUAUAUAUACAAGAGCCGUAGAUAAUAAUAUUAGCAUGCACACAAGGUUGCCACGAUGAUAGGCUUAAGAUGUCAAUCGUGCCGCAUCGCAUUCUCAUCCCUGAACUAUUCACACAAACGACUACUUGGGCAUAGUGUUUGUUUUUUUUGGUGUUGUUGCUAUGCAUAGGUGUUUUAGAGUGUGUUUGGUGCACUAGAUUGUGGAAACUUGUUUGUAGCUUGUGAAAUUGUAAAAGCUAAACAGAAACUGGCUUGUUUGGAUUCAAAGGC